AUGAGUUGCGUCCACGCGUUCGCGAUUCUCCUCGCUUUACUUUUCUCCACCCAUGCAACCAUGAUUGAUCACGAUAAAGUGCAGCCAUUCGCUCAGCCCAACCCAGUCACAAUCUCUGAAAAAGCUGCUGUCAAGUUCAAGCCUCAACUUCACAUUGAAAGAGGCUGUGUUUCCUUUCCGGCUGUAAAUGCUGCUGGCGAGCUCACCGGAGGACUCAAGGGAACAGGAGGGACGGGAGGCUGUACGAAAGCACCCCUGGGAUCUCAAAUAUAUGGUCGAUCAGCAUGGUAUCAGGACAAAUGGGCCAUGCUUUUUGCUUGGUACUUCCCGAAAGGCUUCUCCUCUAGUGAUCAUUCAAUCCGCCACUACUGGUCGAGUAUGGUUCUGUGGCUUGACAAUCCAGCACUGGAUGCACCGACAUUUCUCGGAGCGUCGCUGUCGCAACAGCUUCAUAAGCCUCGAAAAAUACUCUUCGGUCUCUAUACGGCUGAACGGAAAGAGCCAUACAGCAAGCAAACCGCUAUUCCUCCAAUGGGCUUCGUGGGGACCCAGGCAACUGUUGUGGGUCGAGUAAGUAGAUGGCGGUAUACCUACAAUUACAGUGGUGGCUCGAAUGUUUCUACCAGGAUUUCUCAAACGUAUACGAACAAGGGUGACCGGCUAGCACUAACCUUUGCGUUCCAAAACGGUGAAUUCCAAGAUCUCAUCAUGUGGGACCAAAUGACGGACGCAGCACGCGCAGCUCUAAAUUCAGCGGAUUUUGGCGAGUCGAAGGUCCCCUUUAGCGAUCAGAACUUUCAAACGACGCUGGGUCUUUCGUGGCCGUUUUAA